ACAUCAACCCGAGUAGAAGCUCUCUUUUGUGCGGGGCGGCCAUUGGGUGUAGACGCGAGGAAUAUUCCUCUCGCCAAAGCCUCUGAAAAUGUGAUCUAAAGUGGUGCAAGAGUGGUCAGAACUACUCAGAAUCUUCUCAGAAACACGGCUUCUGUGGUUCUGGGGAGACUCACUGGGGAUAUUCCCGACGUCAAUUGGGGGAAAAUGAGGUAGAAAAGUGCGCAAAAGAGCUCAUGGAGGAGUUUUCAAGGGUCGAAGAGGCGCUUCGAUAACUUCCCUGACGGAGCAAAAGUGACUUGUGGCUGCUGCCAAAUGAGGCUGAAGGAGGAUGUCUGUUGAGUAUCGGUGAAGAUUCCCGAGAGAAAGACUCAUGCAGAGGCAUCUCUGGCGUUUUUUUCUCUGGAUAUCAAGCUUAUGUUGAAGAAAAUCUCUAUGGAAACCAUUGGGGAAUCAACAUUACCUUCAAUGCUGAGUAUUGAUCCAGUGAAAACAGUCUGAAAUGAUUCUCUCAAGAACCAAGUCCGAUUCUGCGAAUAGUUCGCGUCUUUCGGCGGGAAAUGGUGCUGUUAAGAAGCGCUCAUUGCCGCAGUUCGAAGAUUUCCUCCUUAAACGUGAUUACACUGGAGCGAAAACUCUGUUGGAGUUCACGAGGCAAAAGGAUGGGCCUGUGGAUUGGAAUCGGGAGUUGUGGUCAGCGUUCUGCUUCUUUCAUCUGGGAGACUACAAGAAGGCGCUGGAUAAGUAUGAAGUUAUCCGGAAGGAUGGAAAGGCGGCAGUUUCGACCAAUGAUGUGGAUAUCAAUAUUGCCGUUUGUAUGUUCUACUUGGGAAUGUACGAGGAGUCUUUGAAACUGGUUGAAAACAUCCCGAAUACUCCACUGAAGCUGAGGAUUCUCUUUCAUCUGGCCAACAAGGUGGCUGAUGAAGACAGAUUGAUGGAACUCCACGGAUCGCUGAGAGAUGUGACUGAGGAUCAACUUAGUCUGGCCGGAAUGCACUAUCUGAGGGCGCACUAUCAGGAAGCCAUUGAUAUUUACAAGAGGAUAUUACUGGACAACAAGGAUCUCUUGGCUGUCAAUGUUUAUGUGGCUCUGUGUUACUACAAGUUGGAUUACUACGACAUCUCUCAGGAGGUGCUGGAUUUGUAUCUCACGCAGCAUCCAGAUAGCACAAUUGCCAUCAAUUUGAAGGCCUGCAAUCGCUUCAGAUUGUACAAUGGAAGAGCAGCCGAACAGGAGAUCAGAGGCCUCGUGGACAGUGGAAGUUUCGGAGCGGAGCUGCUAAGACACAAUCUAGUGGUGUUUGAGGGAGGUGAAGGAGCUUUGCAAGUUCUGCCGGGACUUGUCGAUAUCAUCCCCGAGGCGAGAUUGAAUCUCGCGAUUUACUAUCUUCGACGUGGAGACAUUCAUGAAGCCCAUCAGCUGAUGAAGGAAGUUCAACCGGCAGUUCCUCAUGAGUAUAUUCUGAAAGGUGUUGUCCAUGCCGCCCUCGGGCAAUUCAUUCACUCCAAAGAACACAUCAAGAAUGCCCAGCAAUGCCUUCAUCUUGUCGGUGGUUCAGCUUCAGAAUGUGACACAAUUCCCGGGCGUCAGGCAAUGGCGUCGGCAUUCUUCUUGUAUUCGCAAUUUGAGGAGGUUCUGGUGUAUCUGAACUCCAUCCGGAGCUACUUUGUCAAUGAUGACACCUUUAAUUUCAACUAUGCUCAAGCGAAGGCAGCCACAGGAUACUUCAAAGAGGCUGAGGAGUUAUUGUUGCAGAUCACAGAGCCCGGAAUUCGUGGGGAGCACACGUGGUCGAUGGUGCUGGCCAGAUGUCACAUCCAGUGUGGCCACGCUGAUCAAGCGUGGAGUUUGUUUGUUACGAAAGAUUCAACUCCGGAGGCAUUCACACUGCUGCAGCUGAUUGGGAACGAUUGCUACAGGGCUGGCGAGUUUUGGGUGGCUGCCAAGGCAUUUGAUAUGCUGGAGAAAUUGGAUCCCAAUCCGGAGUAUUGGGAGGGAAAGCGUGGCGCCUGUGCUGGUGCAAUGCAGGCUAUUAUUGCAAAGAGGGCGUCAGGAGCUCCUCCUGGUGGGAUUAGCGACAUUAUAGCGCUGCUCCGAGAUUCGACGAAUUCUCAAGCGGAGGCGAUGACAAGGACUAUCAGGAGAUAUGCCAGCUCGAUGAAGUAAAAGGGGAGGGUGAGAGAGAGAGAGAGAGAUGAAGUGAUCUACCAUGGCGCAUUAGUGGUUCAAAGGAGUGGAGCUGUUCCUCCACUUCAAUUCCUACGCCCACCUCCACGCUGGUGAACCACGGACUGCGCAGCUGGGAAAGCAGCUGCGUAGACGAACGGGCGAGGGACCCCGAAUCCAAAGGCCGCGAGGAUGAAUGACUCGAGGGGGCAAAACUUGAGUUGGUGAACAACUGAGGUGGACAAACUCAGUUGGGUGGAGCCUCAGCAGGAGUAAGUAUCAUGAUAUCCGUUCCAUUGAAUGAAUGUUCAGAGGAGAACCGUAGUGACUGUGACGAGCGGCGAUCUGGCCAGAUAUCCACCGGUGCGGAGCACUGUCACAAGGCUCUGGCAGGCUAUCCAGAGUAUAAAUGUUCAACGUGACAGACGGCUGCGGGAUGCAGCUGCGGCGUUGAUUUCUUCUCCAUGGGGCAACGACUAGAGCCUGCGGUGACCGUGCGCUGGUUAAGUGAUUUUCGGACCAGAACGCUGGUGUAGUUCUUCGGGAAGCUGGUUAUCCAGUGCAUUCUUCAAUUAAUUUGCAAUGGAGUGGACAUGCAACGGACGACAAAACGGGUAGUACGUUGCGUUCCUCACUCUGUCAGCAGGAGAUUGUGUAUGAUGAUACUUGCGGCCGCGGGGCGAUCGUCCGCUUUCGGGAACCAUGACUGGCACAGAAUUAUAAUUCUGGACGACAGGAGACCCGAAAAGCGUGUGUUCCGCCAGCAGGCUGUGUGGUCACACAGCCGCGGCGAUGACUUCCGUCACUGGGGACAGCGACUGGAGCCCAUGAUUAUAAUUGUGGGAAAGCUCCGAUCGCAGGAUACCCAGGGCUCCUUUGUGCGAAGUCCUGGAGGACUGACGCGCACUUCGGAACCGCGAUGAUUUGCUGAGUUCCUACAGAACGUCGCCGGGUCUGUGCUGUAUUGUCCGCAGCCGGACCCGCACGUAGAUCAAAUCCGAAGGCAGCAAAAAUGUUGUACUGAAAAAAACUGUCUUGCCGCGGUGGCUUCGUGGAAAAACACCGCGUGAGCGAAUUGAUUGACCUUGAUGUGAGCAAUCGCCCAGUAUGAGUAGAGAAUCCACGUUCCUCCAUACUCGGCGGAUUGCAUGAUGACGUCGUCAUCCUAAAAGAGCCUUAAAAAAAUCCAAAAAAAGAAAAAGAAAAAGAAAACUAAGAAAAUGCGCCAUGGUAGAAAAAAACACUUUGAUGUCAGAAAUUCAUAAAAUUACUGUAAUUCGCAAUAGAACUGAAGAGAAAAUCUUUGUAAUUCACUCAAAAUUUUGUUAACACACUAGAUUCUGGAAAUAAACAUCAAAACUACA